AUGACUUCCAACAUCACGGGUCUUGCCAUCUACGAGGGGCUUGCAACAAGUCUGGACACUUUGACCUCGCAGGCUUUUGGUGCAGGUAAGAAACAACUGGUUGGGCUACAUGUUCAGCGCAUGAUAGCAUUGUCCUUGCUUAUGACCAUCCCCAUCGGUGCUAUAUGGAUCUUUUCGCCCUGGAUCUUGGCCCCGAUCAUUCCACAGAAAGACGUGGCUUAUCUGGCCGGCGACUUUCUGCGCUUUUUCCUCAUCGGUGCACCAGGUUACGGUGUUUUUGAAGCAAUCAAGAGGUUUACACAGGCACAAGGUGACUUUGUUGCCCCUUUGAUUACUGCCUUGAUUUGCGCGCCUCUAAAUCUUUUCUGGAACUGGUUACUAGUGUUUCGACUAGAGCUUGGUUUCAGGGGUGCAGGUAUUGCCUACUCGAUCACACUACUGUCUCAGCCUGUUGUCUUCCUCGCGUACAUCUAUUUCUUCGCAGCAGAUGCCCUGCAAUGCUGGCCUGGGCUUGACGUGAAACGAGCAACCGAAAAUUGGGGACCAAUGAUUAGGCUGGCAAUUCCAGGUGUGCUCAUGGUUUUGUCUGAGUGGAUUGCUUUCGAUAUCCUUACCUUGAGCACAAGCUAUCUGGGCGAAGACUUCCUAGCCGCUCAGUCGGUCCUGAUGACCGUUGCAGUAAUGAUGUACCAUAUUCCCUUUCCAAUCUCUAUCGCAGGCUCGACGAGGUUCGGCAAUCUCAUCGGGCUUAGUGACUUGGACUCAGCUCGGAUUGCUUUCAAUACGUACUACACCAUAUUUCUGGGCAUUGGCGUCUUCGACAUUGUUCUAUUGACCUCACUAAGGCAUGUCAUCGCACGUGUCUUCACAGACGAAGAGUCCGUGCGUUUGAUCAUCAUCGAAGUUUUACCCAUAGUGGCUGCAGCUCAAUUGUUCGAUGCUAUGUGCGCAUUGUCGAAUGGUCUGACACGAGGCCUGGGACGCCAAAGGAUUGCGGGUUGGACCAACUUGGGUGUUUACUAUCUCUUUGGUGUCCCACUAUCCCUGUUGCUGACUUUCGGGCCACCGAGGAUGGACUUGGUCGGCCUAUGGAUAGGUCCAUUAAUUGGACUUGGAAUGACAUCGAGCAUUCUGUGCGUCUACAUGAAGUAUGCUGACUGGGACAAAGCCGUCGAGGAGGCAAGAGGGCGGGAAGAAUAG